AUGGACUACGAAAAGCAUAACAUCGCCCCCGACACAGGGUCGGGCGGCAGCCCACUACACCAGCCAGCCCACACGCUUACUUUUGAAACUGUCGUCAAGCAACUCAGCACUCAGAUAGACGAUGGUCUGGCCCCCGAAGAAGCCAGUCGUCGUCUUCAACAAUAUGGUCCAAAUAAACUGGACGAAGGCGAGGGCGUGUCGGUGCUCAAGAUUCUUGUGCGCCAGGUGCUGAUUCUGGCCAUGGCGGUCAGUUUCGGAAUUCAGUCGUGGAUUGAGGGUGGAGUCAUCUGCGCCGUGAUUGUCUUGAAUAUCGUGGUUGGGUUCUUUCAGGAGUACGCCGCGGAAAAGACGAUGCAGUCAUUGCAUUCACUGUCCUCACCCACGGGGACUGUCUCCAGAGGCGGACAGACUCUCUCAGUGCCGUCGGCGGAGAUCGUGCCGGGUGACAUGGUCGAGCUGAAGACGGGGGAUACCGUUCCGGCGGAUAUUCGCCUGGUGGAAGCAGUUAACUUCGAGACCGAUGAGGCUCUCCUGACCGGCGAGUCUCUUCCCGUUCAGAAGGAUUGUGACUCUACGUUUCAUGAAGAUACUGGCCCUGGUGACCGUCUCAAUAUCGCCUAUAGCUCGAGUACCGUCACUCGUGGCCGUGCCCGGGGCGUGGUGGUUAGUACCGGUAUGUUCACUGAAAUCGGUUCCAUUGCCCUCGCCUUGCGAGCCAGCGACAGCAAGCAUCGUCCCGUCAAGCGUGGCCCCGAUGGUGAGACCAAGAAGCGGUGGUAUGUCCAGGCCUGGGCUCUUACUGGAACGGACUCUGUGGGCCGAUUUCUGGGUGUCAAUAUUGGAACGCCCUUACAAAGGAAGCUGUCCAAACUGGCCUGUUUACUGUUUGCAGUGGCUGUUCUGUUUGCCAUUGUUUGCAUGGCGGCGAACCUCUUCAGCAGCAACACUGAAGUCAUCAUGUAUGCUGUUGCAACUGGGAUUAGUAUGAUUCCUGCAUGCCUGGUGGUUGUCCUUACCAUCACGAUGGCGGUAGGGACCAAGCACAUGGUCGCGCGGAAUGUCAUUGUUCGCAAGUUAGACUCGCUGGAGGCACUCGGUGCUGUCACCGAUAUCUGUUCUGAUAAGACUGGCACACUGACUCAGGGCAAAAUGGUGGUCAAAAAGGCAUGGGUUCCGUCUCAAGGCACAUACACCGUCAGCGCAUCCAACGAGCCGUUCAAUCCUUGCGUAGGAGAUGUUACCUUCACCUCUGCGUCUCCUUUGCAAUUUGAAACUGUGACGGAAGGUCGUGUCGCGGAAGAUGUAGAAGGCCUGGUCUCGGGAAACCGCUCGCUUGAGGACUUUCUGGACGCUGCCUCUAUGGCCAACCUUUCUCAUGUGUACCAGUCUGAAGACGGUGAAUGGAAUGCGAGGGGCGAACCCACAGAAAUCGCGAUUGAAGUGUUUGCAUCGAGGUUCAACUGGAACCGUGAUCGCUGGACCAAAGCCCCGGGUGCCGUUUGGUACCAAAAGGCGGAAUUUCCCUUUGACUCGACCGUUAAGAAGAUGUCUGUGAUUUUCAGCAAAGUCACCCCGCAGGGGGAACGCAGCAUGGUGUUUACCAAGGGCGCGGUCGAGCGCAUCGUCGACUGUUGCACCUCUGUGAUCUGGGACCAAGACUCGUCUACCCCGGUGCCCAUGACCGACGAUCACCGUGACAAGAUCUUCCAAAACAUGGAGGAGCUGGCCAAGCUGGGACUUCGCGUAUUGGCUCUGGCCCAUCGACCGUACACUGAGCAGACACGACUGCUCCAGGAUUCGGAUCUGGACCGUGAGGAAGUAGAAAAGGAUCUGUGCUUUCUUGGACUGAUUGGCUUGUAUGACCCCCCACGCCCGGAGACAGCCGGCUCGAUCCAGGCCUGCCAUCGGGCUGGAAUAGUUGUGCAUAUGGUCACUGGUGAUCACCCGGGGACUGCCAAAGCAAUCGCACAGCAAGUGGGAAUCUUGCCCGCUGAUUUCAGCACCGUCGCAGCAGAUGUCGCAGAUGCCAUGGUCCUGACUGCCAGCCAAUUUGACAAGCUCACUGAUGAGGAGGUUGAUGCACUUCCAACUCUCCCUUUGGUCAUUGCACGCUGUGCUCCGCAGACCAAAGUGCGUAUGAUUGACGCCCUUCAUCGCCGUGGUCGCUUUGCGGCUAUGACUGGAGAUGGUGUGAAUGAUUCCCCUUCCCUCAAACAUGCUGACGUGGGUAUCGCUAUGGGACAGGCAGGGUCGGAUGUGGCCAAGGACGCAUCUGAUAUUAUUCUCACAGAUGAUAACUUUGCCUCCAUCCUUAAUGCUGUUGAAGAGGGCCGUCGUAUCUUUGAUAAUAUCCAGAAAUUCGUCCUUCAUUUACUAGCUGAAAAUAUCGCUCAGGCUUGUACUUUGCUUAUUGGCUUGGCUUUCAAAGAUGCUGACAACCAGUCCGUCUUUCCUCUGGCCCCGGUCGAAAUCCUCUGGAUCAUCAUGAUCACGUCGGGUAUGCCCGAUAUGGGCCUCGGAAUGGAGGUGGCUGCCCCCGAUAUAAUGGACCGUCCUCCCCAGAGCAAGCAAGGCAUCUUCACCUGGGAGGUGAUCAUCGACAUUCUGGUUUAUGGCGUCUGGACCGCAGCACUGUGCCUGGCGGCAUUCUCUGUCCGCAUGUGGGGAUUCGGCGACGGUAAUUUGGCCCGGGGCUGCAACAAGGAGUGGUCAGAGGAGAUCAAAGACUGCGAACUGGUCUUUCGGGCGCGAGCCACCACCUUCGUGUGUCUGACUUGGUUUGCGCUGUUUCUGGCCUGGGAAAUGGUUAACAUGCGCCGGUCCUUCUUCCGCAUGCAGCCGAAAUCCAAGAAAUAUUUUACCCAGUGGAUGUACGAUGUCUGGCGGAACAAGUUUCUUUUCUGGUCCAUCAUGGCUGGAUGGAUCACCAUGUUCCCGAUCCUCUACAUCCCUGUGCUAAACGACGUCGUAUUCAAACACAAGCCCAUCACUUGGGAAUGGGGCAUCGUGGCUGUCGAGGUCGUCUUGUUCUUCAUGGGCGUUGAAAGCUGGAAAUGGGCCAAGCGAGUCUUCUUUCGCCGCAGAGCCCGCAAGAAUCCGAUGUUGGGCCCAUUGCAAGACAUCCCUGAGCGAGCCUAACGACUGCUUCCCUGGUCCGACAUUCAAUGUCAAAUGGACCAGGGAACACGCCUCUCAUUAACCUUCGCGCCUAGAAACACCCAACUGACUACCCUCCUUUUUCCAUGGCCAGGCCAUUACGGCCAUUGCCCAUCUAUUCAAGCCAUGUCUAACCAAAGGCGUAGCACUUUUCCCAUUCGACCAAAAAGAAGCCUUUUGUUUUUCUUUCCUUCCCUUCCUUUCCUUUUUU